AUGCUCGCGCGCGCGCGCAGCAGCGGCGCCGCGGGGACGGAGCGGGGAGGGGCGAGGGACGGCGAAUUCGAGGAUGGGUCCGGGAUCUCGGGCGACAGCAUCACGCAGGACAUCCUGGCAGACAUGGUCCAGGUCCAGAUCGGCAAGGUGCGCAUCAACGAGGCCGCGGACGAGGAGGAGCAGCGGCUGAAGGAGCUCGCGGAGCAGACCAAGCUCGAGAUCGAGGAGGCGCACAAGCAGCGCGAGAGCGAGGCGGAGCAGCGCUGGGAGGAGGCGAUGAGCAGCAUCGACCGCCUGUCCGCGGAGGCAGACGCCGACCUGCGCGCCUGGCGCGAGGAGUCGCGCGCUGCGGCGGAGCAGGACGCGGAGUUCGAGCGCAAGAUGCGGCGCGAGCUGUCGCAGUACCAGUUCUUCCAGUCCCUGUACGACCCCGCCGGGUCGAUCCUCGGAGGCGACAAGGACCGCCCCGGGGGCAACGUCGACGACCUGGACCAGCUGUCGAUGGAGGAGCUGCGCGAGCGGGCCGCGGAGGUGCAGGCGAGCAUGGACGAGGACUUGCGGUCGCCGACGCGGUCGGCGUACUACGCGUACUUGACGCUGGUGCUGGGGGGGGUGUGUUUGUGGGAGGUGUUUGGGCGCGAGGAGACGUCGUGGUUCCACGUCGGGCUGUACGGACUCAUCGGAGUCUUCAUGUCGCUGCAGCUGAUCAAGGAGAACAAGCACCUGAACAAGAACUCGUGA